AUGCUUAUCGGUAGUGGUCCACGCUUAUCAAGAUUGUCCACGUCCUUAGUAACAUCCGUUGGAGAUGCACCCCUGGAAGAAGUGGAGUCAUACAAGUAUCUUGGCGUAAUGAUAAGUAAUAACUUGACAUGGCACGAUCACAUCGAAUUUAUUAAAUCUAAGAUUAAUAAGAAGCUGGGACUACUAAAGCGUAUUAAGAACUAUUUACCGUUACAUAGUAGAAUAUUAUUUUAUAAUUCUUAUAUUUUGCCAUCUUUUGACUAUGCUGACACAGUAUGGGGAGACAGAGGGAAUGAAACCCUUAUGGCAGAUUUACAAAUCUUACAGAAUAAGGUAGCACGUAUAAUUUUGGACCUGGAUUACGGAUUAUCAGCCAGUUCUGCUUUGAAGAAGUUGGCUUGGAAAGAUCUAAAGACCAGGAGGAUUGUUAACCGUUUGAUAUUGAUUUAUAAAUGUGAGAAUAAUCUUUUCUCUUAUAAUUUUGAAAUCACAUAUCAUCAGGAUAUGCAUGCUUAUAACACUAGGUCUAAGUGUAACAUACGUAAAUUAGCAGCGAGACAUAAAUGGGGACAUUGGACAACGGUCAAUUUUGCCAGCAAUGACUGGAAUGAAUUGCCCCAAGAAAUUCGUGAAGCAAAAGACCUUCAAACUUUUAAAGUCUACUUAAAUAGCUUUAUUGAUACCUAG